CUAACGGCGGCCGGUGCUUAUCAGGAAAUUGGAUACUAUCCAGCGACUUGAAGCUUAAAUCCCAAAAUCGCAACUCCCGUCGCCGGAAUCUACUUUCUUCUCCCUCCGUCUCGCUUGCGAAGAGUCGUCGGUUUCAACAACAAAUGGAGGAGCCACAAAACGGGAACGCGAACGACAACUCGGCGCCUCCUCCACCGGAGACCGAGGAGCCUGCCGUCGGCCCAGCACCGCCUCCUAAAGCUCGCACCAAGCGUCCUCUCCAGUUUGAGCAUGCUUACCUCGACGCUCUUCCCUCAGCAAAUAUGUAUGAGAAAAGUUAUAUGCAUCGAGAUGUGGUGACGCAUGUUGCUGUUUCAGCAGCAGAUUUUUUCAUCACUGGAAGUCUUGAUGGUCACUUGAAAUUCUGGAAGAAAAAAUCGAUUGGUAUUGAAUUUGCAAAACAUUUCAGAUCCCAUCUUGGUCCCAUAGAAGGCUUAGCGCUUUGCAGGUUAGCAUUGAUGGUUUGCUUUGUUGCACGAUAUCAAGUGAUCAAUCUGUCAAGAUCUAUGAUGUGGUGAAUUAUGACAUGAUGGUCAUGCUUAGCUUGCCAUAUCUUCCUGGGAGUGUUGAAUGGGUUUAUGAACAAGGAGAUGUGAAAGCCAAGCUUGCAAUAAGUGAUCGAAACUCCUCAUUUGUUCACAUAUAUGAUGCACGAGCCGGUACAAAUGAACCUAUUAUCUCGAGAGAGAUUCACAUGGGGCCAGUCAAAGUUAUGAAGUUCAACCCAGUUUACGAUUCUGUGAUAUCUGCUGAUAUGAAGGGAAUAAUUGAAUAUUGGAGUCCUUCUACACUUCAGUUUCCAGAGGAUGAGGUGAAUUUUAAAUUAAAAACUGAUACAAACUUAUUCGAAAUUGUGAAAUGCAAAACAAGUGUUUCAGCUAUUGAGGUCAGCCCAGAUGGUAAGCAAUUCUCAAUUACGUCACCUGAUCGCAGGAUACGAGUAUUUUGGUUCAGAACGGGUAAACUAAGACGAGUUUAUGAUGAAUCUCUAGAGGUUGCUCAAGACCUCCAAAGGAGUGAUGCUCCUUUGUACCGACUAGAAGCCAUUGAUUUUGGACGAAGGAUGGCUGUUGAGAAAGAAUUUGAGAAAACAGAAACUGCACCACAGCCAAAUGCUGUUUUUGAUGAAAGUUCCAAUUUUCUCAUAUAUGCAACGCUACUGGGAAUAAAAGUAGUAAAUCUGCACACGAAUAAAGUGGCCCGAAUCCUAGGAAAAGUGGAGAACAACGACAGGUUCUUGCGAAUUGCCUUGUAUCAAGGAGACCGAAGCAAUAAAAAAGUUCGAAAAAUUCCAACUGCAGCAGCUAAUGCAAAUGAGAGCAAAGAGCCAUUAACUGACCCUACUCUUUUAUGCUGUGCAUUCAAGAAGCACAGGAUUUAUUUAUUCAGCCGGAGAGAGCCAGAAGAGCCAGAGGAUGCAACUAAAGGUAGGGAUGUUUUCAAUGAGAAGCCUCCAGCAGAUGAACUCUUGGCUGUUUCAGAAUUAGGAAAGGCCGCAGCAUCAUCUCUCCCUGAGAAUGUGAUUAUGCACACUACAAUGGGUGACGUUCAUAUGAGACUCUACCCUGAAGAGUGUCCGAAAACUGUGGAGAACUUCACAACACACUGCCGGAAUGGUUAUUAUGAUAAUCUGAUAUUCCAUCGUGUCAUCAAAGGGUUCAUGAUACAGACUGGAGAUCCUUUGGGAGAUGGCACUGGCGGGCAGUCCAUUUGGGGAAGGGAGUUCGAGGAUGAAUUUCACAAAAGCUUACGGCACGAUAGGCCAUUCACAGUAUCUAUGGCCAAUGCCGGGCCAAACACCAAUGGUUCUCAGUUCUUCAUCACCACUGUAGCCACACCGUGGCUGGAUAGUAAACAUACUGUAUUCGGCAGAGUCAUCAAAGGAAUGGAUGUUGUCCAGGGAAUUGAGAAGGUGAAGACUGACAAGGGAGACAGGCCAUACCAAGAUGUGAAAAUUUUGAGUGUUACUAUCCCAAAGAAUUAACAGCACCCCGUAAUGGACACUGCCUCUUGAGAAGUGGUGUGCGAUUUUGCUGAGAAUCUUGUGUCUCAAAUUGUGGCGUUGAAGCUUUUCAUGUCCCUGUUCAAGCGAGAACCGCGACUGCUGUAUACACCUGUCUGUUGUGCAUCUUCAUGAAGCCGGGCUUAGACGCAUAGUCUUUGAGUGUUCAAAACCUUCUCUUCUUUGGUUUGAGAUGACCCUUUACUUGUCCACCAGUUUUGAGACCGGACCAGUAUUGUAGAAUUCCUCCAGAAAGCUGAAAACAUUCUUGAUGUAGCUUCCCAUUUUGUGAGGUACACAAAUCACUGUUUGUAGAAUUCCUCAUAGAAGAAACAACUACUGUGUUCGUGGUCAAUAUGUUGACGUACACAAAUCACCGUUUCAAAACUAAUUAAUCCAGCAGAGGAUAAAACAAUGAUCCUUGGGUUUGUUCAGCAUAGAUAGCAGUUUCAAGAUGAGGAUGGGUGAUAGAACUUGGAUUUUGAGCGUCACUGAUUAGGAUAAAGAUAAUUAAGAAGAGAAACGAAAGGGAGAAGAGAGAAGAAAGGAGUCGACAAAAAAAAGGGGACAAAGAGAAGAAUUUUG